CUUUCUUGCACAUUUACAUGGACAAAUGCACAUGCAUUGCAACCUUUACAUUUCCUAAUUAGAAUCCCUUUCUUCGUCCCUGAUAUUCCUUAUUUCGAAAACAUAAUGUUCAAAGUGUUGAAAUGGUUCAAGUCAUUAUUACCUGAAGCUGAUUCACAUUCUCGUCAAAACAGUACUUGGCAAUCAAAUUCCAAUGGUCCUCGUCUUCGUAGAUUAAAUGAAAUAUGUUUUUCCUUUCCUGCCAUUGAACGCGACUGGGUCGCUUUCUUCAUAUUCGGAUGCAUAAACAACCUCAUCUAUGUUGUGAUCCUGUCUGCUGCUGUUGAUCUUGUAGGGGCUGAAGUCCCUAAGGGAGUUGUUUUGUUGGCCGAUAUUAUACCCUCUUUACUCGUCAAGAUGGUGGCCCCUUACUUUAUUCACAAAGUCUCGUACCCGCUACGGGUUGUGUUCUGUGCUUCGCUUUCUUUUUUGGCUGUAGUGAUCAUUGCACUAUCGGACACCAUCAGCGGAAGAAUGUUGGGGGUUACGAUGGCUUCCCUUAGCUCCGGGCUGGGUGAACUGACAUUUCUAAUGCUGACUUCCUUUUACCGACUGCAAAUGGUCUCGGCUUGGUCUAGUGGCACUGGAGGUGCGGGAUUACUUGGUGCUUUUUUGUUUUUACUCUUAACAUCAUGGAUAGGUCUAUCAAUUCGUCGUACUCUUGGCAUCAUUGCGCUCUUUCCGAUUCUGAUGCUGGUUGCUUAUUUUUUCAUUCUCACCAAUCCUACAUCACGAAGCUCACUACGUGGAAUCACAGCCGCCAACAGGCCAUUGUCUUCCUCUUAUCAGAUCCUUGACGAUGGCCAUGAUAUUGAAGAAGAGCUAUUGACAUCACAAGAGUCGCUUCAACCACAUCAAACAUCAGUAGCAGCAACAGCAACAGCAACAGCAGUAGCAGAAGAGUUGAAUGGCGCAUCUCCAUCCCAAUACUUCAAUGGAAACAGUAAUCAUGGUCACCGCCGUGGCGGUAGUACCGAUAGCAACACACUUUUACAGACCCCUGCCUCUGUCCUCUCAACUUCUACACAGGAUACAGCCCCAGUAUCGAAUGUGGCCUCUGCAUUGCUUUCUAGUGACCCCUAUGCUCCCAUUCUUGGCACAUCAACAGCAGUGACACCACCAGCAAUGCUUCCAAUAGCACCAUGGGACACUCACUGGGGUACUUCAUCGUCCCAACGCCAUCAGACAGAGCCCACCUCCAUCAAUACAUUGCUUGCAGCAACGGAUCCGGACGAUCCAGAGUUUGUACCACCUUUCCGGGAAUCGGAAGUACGAGACAGAGAAUCAUCUGUAAGGAGGACAGUGUACAAGGUUCAACCUAACGAAGCAAUGACGCUGGAAGAAAAAUUCACAAUGCUUAGGUCGCUCCUGGUGCCAUACAUGAUCCCGCUCUUUAUGGUUUACAUAGCCGAGUACACUAUGAAUCAAGGAGUUCUGCCCGUUAUUUUAUUCCCCCUGGAAAAUACCCCCUUCGCCCAUCUUCGUGAUCAUUAUGUUACCUACUCUGCAAUAUACCAGACAGGCGUAUUUAUCAGUAGAUCAUCAGCCUCACUCAUUCAAAUCUCACAUCUCUGGAUUCCGUCUUUUCUUCAAGUCCUCACUCUUCUCCUUGCAACCUCUCAAGCCAUUCUAACUUCUCAAGGACACCCCUUCCCUAUCCCAAGCAUUUAUCUAAUAUUCAUCUUGAUUCUUUGGGAGGGACUACUUGGGGGAGCUACUUAUGUUCAUACAUAUAUUGGUAUCUCAAGAGACCUAGAACAUGAUCCUAAAGGAAAGGAGUUUGCAAUGGGUGCUGUGGGGGUAGCCGAUGGCCUGGGAGUCAUGAUUGCAGGCAUUGCAAGUUUAUGGAUCGAACCAGCCCUUUGCAGAUGGCAGGUUGUAGAAAAAGGAAUCGAGUUAUGCUUAGCCAUGGCUGACUAGCCCUUUUUUAUUUAUUUUAUUUUAUUUUUUUAGCAAGAGAUAAAACUUGAAUUAAUCUGUCGUAGUUGGAUGAUCUGAGCAAAGCAUUAAGUCGAUACAAAGUAGAAAAUAAGAAGUGAUCGUCAGCAUUUACGAGUCGCAGCUUUUUUUUUUUUACAUGACCAAAUGCUCUCG